AUGGCUAUGGAUUCCAGCGGAGUCGGGCUGGGUUUUGCAGAAGCCACUGCCGCACUGCAGGAGCACUUGGACUGUGAGGAGAGGCAUCUGCAGAAGAUGCGGCGGCAAAUGGAGGAGGACUUGGAUGCCAAACUUCCAUCAAAGGGCGAGGAGGAGAAGAACUGCCCCACUCCAUCGGCACGGGAUACUGUAAGGUUGAAUGUUGGCGGCAACACCGGCUUCACCACCAGGCGUGACACUUUGACGGCAAUCCCAGGUUCUCGCCUGGCGCUUCUGUUCUCUGGCCGAUGGGAUAAGGCACUGCGACGGGAUGAGAAUGGCAGGGUGUUUCUGGAUGUGGAUCCUGUUCAGUUCAGGGCCUUGCUCGCAUGGCUGGUCGACUUGAAGCGUCUCGAGCCAGACACGCCUGCACCAUCGCCUCCGGUCGACUCCCUUCCUCAAAGCUACCGUGCCGGCUUUCUGUCAUUGUGCAGUUACCUGUGCUGUCGUGAUGCGUGCAUCAGCCAGAAACAAAUUUCAGAGUUGACCCACGAUGAACUGACAAGUUCUGUGCAACCUUUGCAGGCGCUUCGUGAACUCAGUGACAGCACCUUGGUCUCCCGUGACCAGGUCAAGCAGCUAAACACCUGGUUGAAGGCAACAGGCAAUGUUACCGGGGAGCCUUCCCUCAACCUCCUUUACCGGGCAUCGCGGGACGGCUUCAGUCACCAGGCCUUCCACCAGAAGUGUGAUGCGCAAGGCCCCACGGUGCUGGUGGCCCGAAGUGCCGGAGGCCACCUCUUCGGGGGGUACACGGAGACACCCUGGGACUCUUCCGUGGCCGGUGGCCAGUACAAGCCAUGCACGGAGUCCUUCCUCUUCCGCUUGGCGGGCCCUGGAACUGUCCAGCCGUCCAAGCACAAGAUCUUUCAGAAUCACCCGCAAGGCAUCUACUGUCAUCCAGGUCAUUCAGCCACCUUUGGGGGCGGUCACGACAUGCGUGUCUACCCUCAAGGGGCCGCAGCCCAGGUGGCUUUCAGUAUGGGGAACACCUACAGCAGUGCCAGCCCGCAGGGCAAUUUUACUUUCCUGGCCGAGACCCAGCAAGCCGUGGUCACCGACGUCGAGGUCUUUGCAGUCGCGGGCUACAUGGAUCUUCGAAGUGCAUCGCAGAGCCUCCUAUCCCACGCGAAGAAGCUAAAAACAGAGCUGGAGCCGUCAGAGCAAGAGCUGCUCGACAAAGCAUUGGCAGUGUGCACAGCUGCACUCGACCAGGGAAAUGGUCUGUUGGCUGCCCAAGCCAGCAUGUCUUCUUGGUGCGCCGCGCUUGAUGAGGAAGCACAAUUUCUGGCUCAAUUCAUGGGCACGCCUUCUGACAUAGUGUGCUUGAACGUUGGUGGGCAGCUCGUGUCGACCUUGCACUCAACCUUAACAUUCUUCAGCGACUCUGCUCUCGCGAAAAAGUUUGCAGAGAAUUGGACUCUUCAAGAUGAAGAGGUAGUGGAGGGGGGGAUCUUCUUCGACGAGGACCCCGACUUGUUUCAAGUUGUUCUCCUGCACCUACGUCUGGGAAGGCUUCUGGGUAACACCUUUUCUCCGAAGCUUCCAAGCGGAAAGAGAGCUCCAUGGCUGCGACUGCUGAAGUACCUGAACCUGCAAACUGUCAUCAAGGAGUCCUGGGACUCUGACUUGCUGGCAGGGGAGAGUGAGCGUGACAAGCUUCUGUCAAUGCUCUGUGAAUCAACGCCUGAUUCUACCCGAGAAGUUUCCCUCGACCUCCUUUACCGGGCAUCGCGGGACGGCUUCAGUCACCAGGCCUUCCACCAGAAGUGUGAUGCGCAAGGCCCCACAGUGCUGGUGGCCCGAAGUGCCAGAGGCCACCUCUUCGGGGGGUACACGGAGACACCCUGGGACUCUUCCGUGGCCGGUGGCCAGUACAAGGCAUGCAGCGAGUCCUUCCUCUUCCGCUUGGCGGGCCCUGGAACUGUCCAGCCGUCCAAGCACAAGAUCUUUCAGAAUCACCCGAAUGGCAUCUACUGUCAUCCAGGUCAUUCAGCCACCUUUGGGGGCGGUCACGACAUGCGCGUCUUCUCUCAAGGGGCCGCAGCCAAGGUGGCUUUCAGUAUUGGGAACACCUACAGCAGUGCCAGCCCGCAGGGCAAUUUUACUUUCCUGGCCGAGACCCAGCAAGCCGUGGUCACCGACGUCGAGGUCUUUGCAGUUACGAGGCAGUGA